UCAAAUGAUUCAGUGCGCGAAAGAUUCCCAGCGAGGAUCGACUAGUUUAAGAAUUUUUUUUAAUUAGGAAUAUGGUAUUUUAAAGUGUUUGAUCUAUUUAAACUAGUGAAGCGAGUGAAAUGAAGAAAUUCAAUAUAUUGCCUGAAGGCAGUAAAUUUAAUCAAAUAUUAUGUGCUGUUUUAAUAAAUUUCCCUGUUUUUGUGUACGGAGCGAGCAUCGGCUGGAUGUCACCUAUGACGCUGCUCCUGCAGUCUAAAGAUUCACCCAAAGACGUGCCUCUAACUGAAUCAGAAGUAUCAUGGAUGGCCGCAGCGGCGUAUUUAGUUUGUAUUCCGGCAGAUGUGCUGCUCGCAUACGCCGGUGAUAAAUUGGGAAGAAAAUUAUUAAUACUCUUUAUAUCAGGAGUCAGCGCUGCAAGUUGGAUUCUAUUGCUGGUGUCUAUAGAAACAUGGGCUCUGGUUCUAUCAAGAGCGUUGGUUGGCAUUACGAUGGCUGGAUCAUACGUAACUUGCCCCAUUUAUACGAAGGAGAUUAGUGAGAACCACAUACGAGGCACAUUAGGUUGCUUAGUAAUAUUAUUCCACACAACGGGCAACCUGUUUCUUUACGUAAUCGGAGAUAUACUGAGCUACCGGACCAUCCUCUGGGUCUGUCUCGCGCUACCGGCUUUUCACAUCGUCCUCUUCAUGGUGAUGCCGGAAUCACCAUCUUAUUUGGUCAAGAAAGGUAACGAUGAGGAAGCAGCUAGCGUUCUCGCCUGGUUGCGCUGCAGAAGAGUCGACGACGCCAAAAUACAAGAAGAAUUAGAUGUAAUCAAGAUAGAACAGAAGAACGAUGAAGAAAGCAGCAAGUUUUUACUAAAAGCUAUAUUUAAAGACAAGAUAUUGUUCCGCGCCUUCCGCAUAGCUUUGGUAGCGACCUUAGCAAGGGAAGUGUGUGGUGCCAUCCCAGUGUUGAACUUUGCUGGAGAGAUAUUUACGUGGGCGUCGGAGGGGAAGGCGUUGAUACUCACGCCGAACCAACAGGCCAUGUUGCUGGGGCUAGUCCAAGUGCUGGGCUCCGCGCUGGCUUCUAGUAUUGUUGAUAGAAUCGGAAGAAGGACACUUCUAACAUCGACAGCUUUGAUAUCAGGCUUGAGUAUGUGCUCUUUGGCUUCGUGGUUCGUGGCCAAACACUACGGCGCCUACACGCCAGCCUGGCUGCCUAUCGUCACACUGUGUCUGUGCAUCUUCUGCGACUCCGCCGGUCUGCAGCCGGUCUCCGUGGUUCUCACGGGAGAAAUAUUUUCAUUUAAGUACCGAGCAUCAGUAAUGGGCCUGACGAUGGGUCUAGCGUCUUUUGCGGACUUUAUUCAGAUGUUAUUCUUCAAGCCACUCGCUAAUUCCAUCGGUAUUCACGUCGCCUUUUACUUCUUCGGCGGGAUCUGCCUCGUGACAGCGUUGUACGUGACUCUCGCUGUACCGGAGACUAAGAACAGAUCGCUCACUGAGAUUUACGAAGAUCUCAGACCAAAGUCGGAUAAAGAUUCGAAUGAAAAUAAAUAUGAUGACGACAUACAUGUAGGUAGUUUUAAAAGUAUUAAUGUUACGUGAAGCGCCAAAAGUGAUUUUUAGUUAUUUAAUUUUGUACAUAUAUUACAAUGGUUUAGGUAUAUCUG